AUGGCAGCCUGUUGUGGCAAACUUGCAAUGUUUAUCAAGAUCCAUGACAUCCUCUCGUCAGCCUUGGAUUCUGAUUUGAGUCCCCUUGCAGGACUUGACUGUGCACUAAAUACAGGUCAUUUGGAUAUAGUCAACUACAUCAUGGACUACUCUAAAGACAGACCAAUCACAAAUACACUUGAGAUCAAUCGUGUACGUGAUACGAUAUUGAACAUGGAGUUGUUGGAGAGAUUGAUGGCACACCCAAACAUCAAGUGCACCUUUAAAGAUGUACUCAGCGAUGCUAUAAACGCAAGAAACAUAGAGGUCAUAGACAUGAUUCUUUUCAACUCUAGGUUCAAUAUCGAUUGCCAAGGUGCACUUGAUACUGCUCUGUUCUUAUCCGACUUUGACACGGCCAGGAAGAUAAUUGGCAAGUUCAAUCCGACCUGGAUGGAAGACUUGUUCAGCACGAACGGACUAUGUGGACUCAUCACCAAAUUUUGCGAGCCCGGUGGCACCAUCAAAUCGAUUACAAACAAAUAA